AUGGGUCGUUCGAUUAUUAACCUGGAUAAUGUAUAUGAGAAUAACUUGGGGAUGAUGGCAAAGAUUGCCAAAAUCGUUUAUCCAAACCAACAAUUUGAAGAGAGCUUCUUUUCUGAAUUGUUCAAAGGUGGUAAUGAUAAAAAAAAAGAGGCUUACAUGGCUCAAAUCGCUUACUAUAGCGAAAUUCCUGUAGGUACCAUCAAAUUGCUUUUAUUACAAAAGAAGAAGAGUGACAGCUUACAAAAAGGUUUACAUAUCGAGCUUUUAGCCGUCCUAGAAAAAUACGAUGAUCAUGAAAUAAAAGAAAAAUUGCUUGAGUAUGCUCUUGAUGAAUGCAAAAAGAAUCACCAGCACAAACUAUUUACUGCUACUAGAAGUAGUGAUGAACAACUUAUGAAUUGGUACAAAGAACAUGGAUUUACUGAAACUGGUUCCAAGGGUGAACCUGUUACAUUAUCAGAUGGUACUUCCGAAGAAACUGUGCUCUUAAUAAGGGAACUUGACUAA